UGAAAUUUCACUUAGCUAAUAAAAUGAUAAAACUUGUCAAAUAUUUUGCGCACAAUUAUAAUUUUUGAAUCACGGUGAAAUAUUUAAUUUGAUAGGUAUAUAUGUAUAUUGUAAGUUUCAUAUAUAAUGGGUAAUACACAGGCAGGUGAAAAACAUUCGAAAACCGGAAAGUCACCUGGGAAGGGCAAACAUUUUAUAAGAAAUUUAAACAGGAAAAGCUCAAAUAAGGAGAACAAGAAACAUGGUCGUAAAAAAAGUAUCGAUAAACGAGAGACGUCUGAUAAAGAUUUUGAUAAAACAUCUGAAUCUGAUAACAAUGAAACUAUUGAGGCAUUCGACAGCGAUAUGGUCGAGUGCGUGUUCAAAACAUCGGCAAGGGGCGAGAGGGGCGUGAAAAGAUUGAGUGUGCAGUCAGAGGUAACGGUGACCAGGUGCGAGUCGCAGCGGGCGGAGCGGUCACCGACCCGCGACCAGUUGCCCGCCGCCGUUGUCUCGCCCGCGGAUCCAUCCUCCUCCGACUCAGUGUUUACGGAUCCCUUAACGCCGCUCGCCGUCGAGCUCAACCAGUGUUAUUACUCCGCAGAAAGUGACAGUGCACACGACGAACUUCCGCACACUCAUACGCCAUCUUAUUUCGAUGCGCCCGCGCACAUCGGUCCCUCGUCGACUGAAACUCGUCCCUCCGUAACGGAAAUGUUACACGAUGACACCGCUUUACCACUAUCAACAAAUGAGAUGAUGGAAAAACAAAUAAAAAGUGACGUCUCUGAUGACAUUAGUGACAGAAACGAUAACUCAAAGGUUAUGGGAGCUAUAUUAUCAAAGUCAACGGAGCAACCCUUGGAAAAAGAGAAUGAAUGCAGCCAUGAUUUUCUCGAAAACCGGUUAAAAGCCAGUCCAGGGCAAACAUCUUUUACGAUAUCCAGGCAUCGAAAAGUAGAACUUCCUCCAGUUGCCGCCGAUUCUUCACUUAACAUUUUAGACAACGAAAACUGUCGCCAUUCUAGUGUGAGCGACGUGCCAAUGUCAGACUCAAAUGUGCUACGAAAAGUCGCUUCACUCACCCUCGACAAACACACAGACACAAAAGUUAUACGCCCCAAGUUUGUACCCGAAAAAUUAGAUUUUCAAAUUUAUGAAAAAUUUGAAGGUCAGAUGCUUCUCAACUGGUUUCUCUCUUCUGUAUCAGAAGAUAGUCAUUUAAAAAACCUGAUAAGUUCUCAAGAUCUGAAAAUACUUGGUAUCCAAUACUGCACCCACCUUCUAGCUGCUGGUGUGCUUAGGCAAAUAUCUGAUAAAGAUGCACCUACAGAGAACAUUUUUAAGCCUAACUUAAUGUAUUACUGGUCACAUAUGGAGUUGCCGGCAUCACAACCAGUCACUCCAGGGAGACUAGACAUGUCUUCUUGGCCUCCUGAAAAUCAACAUAAAAGUCUAAACCAAUUUUCGGAUAUAUGUCUCGUAGAAAAUCAAUAUAAUAAACAGAAUAAUGAGGACAUUAGUGACAUAGUUGAAGCAAAACUUGUUAUUUCUGAACUUAAAAAAAAACUACAACAACUAGAAUAUGAAUUAGAAAAUUACAGAUUAAAUACAGAAAUUGGUAUCCUAAACAAAAAUUUACAAAAUUCAUUUAUAUCAAUACCAGAAAACUUAUCAUGUAGGGGCAAAACAGAAUUUGUUAAUAGAGAGGUACAAACCAACGACAUUAAUGAAAAUAAUAGGCUUACUAAUAAACCUGUGAUAAAUACCUCUAAAGAUAAUAAUCUUUUAAGGGCAAGUGUAAAUAUGGAUUCUAACAUAGGUUUAAGUAGAAUAGGUAACAAAAGUGAUUUAAUUAUUAAUGAAGACAAAGGAGCACAACUUGAUUCAAGAUCUGAAAAAAUAGAGAAUUAUUGCAAAUUGAAUAAAUGCCGAGAUCCUACUGAUUUACAUAGGAAUGAAGAAAUUGGUUAUAUAGAAAGUGACAAUAUAAUAAACGGUGAAAAUGAAAAAGAAAUUUUAAGUAAAGAUUUAAACUACCUCAUGGAAUCUUUAGAGGGACCUAAAGUUAAUGUUGCAAGUGAAAGCUUAUCUGAAGUUUCUUUUGUAAGUUCAGUUUCUGAAUUUAUCAGCAACAAAAGUAAUAUAUCUAGAAGCAUAUUUGAACAAGACGAUGAAAUCAAUAAUUUGAGUAUAUCUAAAAUUGACAAUAAGUGUAGUGUUACAUCUCAUUCAACAUCAGACCAGAUACCAAAGGAUAAAUUUACAAAACAUAUAAUAUUACCUGAAAAAGAUAUAGAAUCAACAUCAGAAAUAAUUUCAAGUGAAACAUCUAUUGUUCUCUCACAUAGUGUGUCUCCAUCAGAUAUUAAUUUAUGUCAACCUGUACCUCCUCCACCCCCACCCCUUCCUGGAAUGUCACCGUCUCCACCCCCUAUGCCUGGAACAAUUGAAAAAACUUCCAAUGAUGUUUUAGAGAAAAAUAGUAACGUAAAAACUUUCUUGAAUGGAAUGGAAUCUACAACAUUAGAAUCUAUAAAACUAGCAUCUGUAGAUAACCAUAAUUUGGUUUGUGAAAGUUCUGAAUUAGAUCCAAGCUUAAAAUAUUUAAGAGAAACAAAAUCAACAGCAGAAACAGCUGUAUAUUCAUUACCUAGUAUGUUAGUACAAGCUACUUCAAAAAAUAGUAUUGAAUCUACAACAACAUCACCUCUUUCAUCACUUGGAAAGACACAGCCAAUACCUGAUAUGGCCUCACUGGAACCACCACCACCAAAGCCCGGUAUGGGCUCGCUACCAAAACCAGUAACCAGUAUAGAUCCAUCACCAUUGCCUUUAACUAGUAUAGGCCCCCCACCACCGUCUCUACCUGUAAUGAUUCCGCCACCACCACCGCUACCGGGAGUGGCUCCUCCACCGCCACCACCGCUACCGGGAGUGGCUAUUCCACCGCCACCACCGCUACCGGGAGUGGCUAUUCCACCGCCACCACCACUACCGGGAAUGGCUCCUCCACCGCCACCUCUACCUGGUAUGGGUCCCCCACCACCGCCUCUACCUGGUAUGGCUCCACCACCGCCCCCUCUACCUGGUAUGGGUCCCUCACCACCGCCUCUACCAGGUAUGGUACCGCCACCACCACCUCCGCUACCCGGAAUGGCUCCCCCACCGCCCCCUCUACCGGGGAUGGGUCCCCCACCGCCCCCUCUACCGGGGAUGGGUCCCCCACCGCCCCCUCUACCUGGUUUGGGUCCGCCACCGCCGCCACUGCCUGGAAUGGGUCCGCCACCACCUCCUUUAUCUGGCUUGUCUAGUCCACAGACACCUGGUAUUCCUCCCCCACCAUCAAACACUACAGCGGGACCACUUCCAUUUCCAGCUCCUCCAGCUGGAGGUUGGAAUAUGCAAAGAGCAACACUUAGAAAAAUACCUAUAAAACCAGCAGCACCCAUGAAACCUUUAUAUUGGACACGAAUUUUGGCAGCUCCCAUUCUGCCAACGUGUCAAGGUGAGGCAGAAUCAACAGCAGUGAAACCAUUAUGGCUAGAAAUCGAAGAAGCAAAAUUAGACAAUAUCGAUGAAUUCACAGAUUUGUUCUCUCGGCAAGUUGUCAAAGCGCCAGUGAAGAAAAAAGUUGAAGUAAAAACUAAGAAAAUACAGCCAAUAAAAAUUUUGGAUAGCAAGAGAUCUCAAAACGUCGGUAUACUAGCUCAAAGCUUACAUAUUGAAUUCUCGGAAAUAGAAAAUGCUAUUUACAAUUUUGACACGUCAGUAGUCAGCUUAGAAGCUCUACAACAAAUAUAUGAAUUGCGAGCGACUGAAGAAGAAUUGUUCUUAAUAAAAGAACAUAUGAAAAACAAACCGGAUGUACCCUUGGAUAAACCUGAAGCAUUUUUGUAUGAAUUAUCUGGAAUACAAAAUUUCGCUGAAAGGAUCUCGUGUUUUACAUUCCAGGCAGAGUUUGAUGAUGCAGUCAAUACAAUAAUGCACAAAUUAGAUAAUUUAAAACACACCUGUGAGUUCCUCAUGACUAGUGAAUCUCUGAAGCAGUUGUUUGCCAUAAUAUUGGCCGUCGGUAACUAUAUGAAUGGGGGAAAUUGUCAAAGAGGCCAAGCUGAUGGAUUUGGCCUGGAGAUACUUUCGAAACUAAAAGACGUGAAGUCGAAGCAGUCGAACGUGACGCUGCUGCACUUCAUCGUGCGCACGUACAUGCGCGCGUGCGGCGGCGCGCUGGCGAGCACGUGCGCGCUGCCCGUGCCCGAGCCGGGCGACGUGCGCCGCGCCGCCGCGCUCGACUUCGCCGACGUGGCCGACAACCUCGCCGCGCUGCGCAAGAAUCUCGAUGAAUGCAGAGACAAAAUGGAAAAAGUGAUAGAGGCGUAUGCAUUGCAAAAAGAUGAUGACGAAAAUGGAUGUGCAGAAAAUGCAAAAAGACUUGAGGUGUUUAAAGACAAAAUGACUACAUUCCUAAACACAGCUGAAGAAAAACUGAAGACUGAAAAUGAGAACAUGUGCGAAUGUAGGAAUAAAUUUAUAGCAACUGUAAAAUUUUAUCAAUAUUCUCCAAGAUGUGGCAAACUAGACGACUGUGAACCGAAAGAGUUCUUUUCGCUAUGGACUACAUUUUGUAGUGAUUUUAAAGAUAUAUAUAAAAAAGAGGAACAAAUAGCAAUUAAAGAAAAGCUAAAAGAAACUAAAAAACUUCAAUGUGAAAGGCGAGCAAGCACUCAACCUAAGAAAGAAGGUGGUCUGAAAUCUCGUCUCCAGAAGAUAUCAAGUGCUCGAAAAUAAAUCUUAAUUAAUUAUUUAUCGAUAAAAUAUAACGAUUAAAAUUAAUUACCAAAUAUAGCAAUGAGAUCUGACAUAUGAAAGUUACAAUUUCUAUGUUUGAAAAUAAAGAAUUAAUAAAAAUUGUGAAGUUCUUAUUAUAAUAUAAUUCAUUAAUUGAAAUGAGGAUUGUUUUCGGGAUUCAGAAUUCAAAUCUGAGCACAACCGUAAGUUUUCGUCUAUUUUUUUUCCAUAGUAUGUUAUACUGGUGUAAUUUGCUCGUCUGGGUAACAGCAGUACUUGGUAUUGUUGUCCGGUUUAGGGGUUAGUGAGCCAGUGUAAUUACAUGCACAAGGGAUAUAACAUUUAGUUUCCAAGGUUGGUGGUGGUUAACAUUUCUUACAAUGUCAAUGUCUAUGGGCGUUGGUGACCAUUUACGAUCAGGUGGCCCAUAUGUUUUUCCGCCUGCCUAUUCUAUAAAAAAGCUGGCUUUUUAAGAUAAAUAAAUUGAAAAAGUUCGUUUUUAGAAGGCCAAAUUCUAAUAUUAAAUAUCCCGAUAUUAAAUAUCAAUAAUAGUAUUUUUUUGACAGUAAUUAAAAUUAUGUCAGUUUUAUAAUAGUACUUUUAUAUGUUUAUUAGAACUCAUACUCAUAUGUCAGAUCUCAAUAGAAAAUGAAUAAAAACUGCAUAAUUACAUUUUCAGAAUUUACUAAUAAAAUCAGAUUAUUAAUUCAGCAUACUUUAUAUCUUCUUUACAGCUACAAUUUAUAUACCUAUAAAGAAAUUUAUCCUUUGUUUUCUGGGGAUUUGAUUAUUCAGAAUAAAAUAUAACCAAAUAAUCCACACUGCGAUUUUUUUGAAAGGCAAUCUGUUUUAACUGACCACAGAAUUUUCGCUAUAUUAGCGGUAUGUUUGUAAAGAUUUCGGUUUAAAGACAUUUAUUUCUCAUAAAGAACACAAAAGUUCACUUAUAAUAAGAAAUUACAAUAAUUUUGCCUGAGGGUACAUUUAAAAGUCUGCCUUAUGAAUUAUAAAGGCAACAACAUUAAAAUUAAUAUAAAUUAAACAAAUAAAAAUGUUUAAAUUGAAUUUAUUUAUGAAUGUGAAUACAUUGUGUGUUGUCAAUUGUCAUGUUAACAGCAUGUUGAGCACAGCAAUGAUGGAGUUAGAUUGUAACACAUUAUAUUUCAAUAAUAUAAUGUGUUACAAUCUAUAUAAUUUAAUAAUAAAUCAGAUUCAUUGCGUUGUGUUCACAUACACGAAUGCAUUAUCAUUAUUAUUUAAUUUGAUCAAUGUCACUGUUAAAAAAAUGUACCGUUAUUAUAUAAUGAAUUUGUGCAAGCAAAAAUACUACAAUUUUUACAUAUCAUUUAAAAAAUACACACACAAUUUAAUAAAAGAACUCUCUCCAUUUAAAUUUAAUUGAGAUACACAAUUAAUAUAUAUUUGGCAUUUAAUUAAAAAUGGGUCAAUAAUUAUCUUAAUGUUUUCUUGCUACUUUUGUGUUACAUUUAAUCGUAUUAGAGCAGAAAAUAGCCUAAGUGAUUUAUAAGAUUUUUCUAAGCUUUGGAACAUAUAAAUGUCCAUAUCAUUUUUAAAGAAAAAAAAAUGUGAUUUACAAGUAAAAAACACAUGUGUGCAUUGAUGGAGUUAUGCAUACAACUUAACUACCUUUUUUACUUAAAAAUUAUAAUAUUAUUGCACUCUCACAAAUAUUUUAUGAGUAACCAGGGUUGUAGUACAAAUUCAAUCAAUCCACUUAUUGUUUUAUAUUAUUUGGAAUAAAUACUGAUUUGUUUCUGUAUAAUUGGAAUAAUAGGCUUGAUUUUAAAUCAUAGUAUAUUAUAAUUAUACUGUACAUGUGCAUUACAAUAUCAUUCACUUUUAUCAAUCGUUUAGUAAAUUUGAAAGUUUUGAGAAUAAUGUUCUUUUGUUAAAGUUUUACUAUAAAUUAUUGUAAUCUGUUUACUAUUACUUCACAAAUUGUGUUAUUUACUGGAAAGCAAGCCAAAACAAUUAUGUAAUCUGUAUAGAUAAAAAUGAGAACUGUUAAAUAGUUAAUUUAAAAAAUUAUUACUAUAUGGGGAACUAGAAUAAACAUGCAGUUUUUGUUUUAAUAAUUUAUUUCAAUGUUUAUAAUAUGCAACUUACUAAUAAAGUACCUGAUUUAUAAGUUAAUGUCAGCUUAUUUAAAAUGUACUCUGUAUCUUGUUUAUGGUUAACAUACUUUAUGGUGCUUUUGUAUUAUUAGGUUUUGUAAUUAAUUAUAGAUAAUAAUAAUACACUUUUUUUCAAUAAAAUAUUUUUAUUUACAUGUA